AUGAACACUUUUGAAAAGGUGGUUGUUGUUGACGGUAAAGGUCACUUACUCGGCCGAUUGGCAUCUAUUGUAGCAAAGCAAAUAUUAAAUGGCCAAAAAGUUGUAAUUGUUCGUGCUGAGGAAUUGAAUGUAUCAGGGUCCUUUUUCAGAAAUAAGAUCAAGUACCAUGAUUAUCUCCGUAAACGUAUGAUUGUCAACCCCGCCCGCGGUCCUUUCCAUUUUCGUGCACCUUCUAAAAUCUUUUAUAAGACCAUACGCGGUAUGAUUCCGCACAAGACUUCGCGGGGUACAGAAGCUUUGAAACGUCUUAAGAUCUUUGAAGGAAUACCACCUCCAUACGAUAAGACGAAGCGUAUGGUUGUUCCUGAUGCUUUGAGAGUUUUAAGAUUGAAACCUGGUCGUAAAUAUACUACAAUUUCUCGCCUCUCAAAUGAAGUUGGCUGGAAAUAUGGUGAAGUUAUUGAGCAACUUGAAGAGAAGCGUAAGAUUAAGAGUAAAGAAUUUUAUGAACGUAAAAAGAAAUCGGCCAACAUUAAAUCUCGGGCCCUAAAAAAUAAGGCCGAAGAUUUGUCGAAAGUUCAACAAAGUAUUUCUGCUCUUGUGGAACCUAACAAAUUUUUUGCAAACUGCAAACUAUGGAAGAUCGACAUUUCCCUCGAAGAUGAACAUAUCAUCGUAGAUCGUGAGGGUGGAAAGGAACGUAUCCGUUUGUUCGAUAAUGAAGACUUGGCAUCACAACAACCAUUAUCCUCGUGGAGGUUUGAUAAGAUGAAGGCACUCUUCAGCUUGAAAGCUGACGAUUAUCCUCAGUACGAAUCUCUGGAAGUCAUGGCUAAGGUCCUGUUGAUUGGGCUAUAA